AGUCUAUCCGAACAAUCAUAAGCAUUUGGUAUUGUCACAUACAUUAGACGAUCUAAAAUAUUGAAUCAUAGACGAUUGUAAUAGGUUAAUAUCCAAAUUUCAAAUUUAGAAAAAUUUAAAGGUGCAUGCCAUCUUUACUAUUAAAAAAAUAAUUUGAUAAAAUGCAAGCGACUGUCUAAAAAUUUGAAAUUCUCUGUCACCUCAAAAACUCAGUCUGGACACUUUACUUUUCAUUUUUUUUUUUUUUUUGCUUGCAUUGUAUUGUUAUUCAUUACAAAUAUGCAAGUUUAAUAGUAAUAGCAUAAUUUUUAUCAACUCUGUUAGUCUAUGACUGAAACUCAUAAUCAACUGCAUAGAGUUGAAUGAUGAGUAAGUUUAUCCAAAAUAUUAACCAGUACUCAGUACAUAGUCUACAGUGGUCUACAGACUACAGAAUAAACUAUAACUACUAUAAAUAGCCUAUAGUAUGCUAUAGCUAUAACUAAUUACUAUAAAUGAUAUAAUUUUAUAAUGUUAAUAUAAUGUUUUAUAAUGUAUAUACUAAAAUGAUAAUCAUCAAUAGUUAUAGGCUUUAUUAUAAUAGUCAUAAUGAAAUAAAUUAAAAUUAAUAAUGGAUAACCUAUUCACCGCCAGCCCCAUGCCUCUACUAUAUGACUCUUAAUACUAUAACUUAUAGGCGAAUAUUAAGUAUUACAAAAAUAUUAGGCCUCUUCAUGUAUGAUGUAGCUAAUGGUGUAAAAGUGUAAGGGAAAAAAUGGGGGAUUAGUGUGGUCCGCCCUGAGUGGCAUUUUUUCUUUAUUUGAAGUGGAGGUAUUUUUGGCCAAUUUCAAUUGUACAAUUUGUUUUUCGUUGGGGGUGACAAUGUGUAGGCCAAAAUAAAGCUUAAUUUUAAAUAAGCUAUAGGCUAUAGGGCCUACGUAAGUUAAUAAGUUAUAAUACAGGCAUGUGUAUAAUGACAAUGUUAUUCUACAAUCAUAUCACUUGCUCGGUUUUGAUUCUGUAGGCCCAGUAACAAGUGUAGUGUACUAUAGCCUAUACACACAGUAAGUGUGAGCAGUUACAUUUAGUAGUGUCACACUCACUAACUUGGUCACAGUCAUCUCUUUAAUUGAUCAUUUAUGAUUUAUUUAUCAUUUGUAGUUAUGACCUGUACACCCAAUAAGUCCUAAGAAAAUAGAUUAAACACUAUAAUUAUAGGCCACACAACAAUUAUACAAAUAUGAUAGCCCUAGCCCAUAUUAGUAUUUUUUUAAAAAUCUAGGCCUAAUAGACUAAAUAGUAGUAGGACUAAGGCUAAGGUUAGGACAUUUAAUUAGUUUAUAAUUAUAAUAGGAAGCAGUAGUAGACGAAUUACAACUUCAAAUAUUAAAAAACUUCUUCAUGACAAAUUAAUUUUAUUAGGUAGACCUAUCUUCCUUAUGGAUCUAGUUAUAGAUAUAAAAUAUGUCUCUUAAAGUGACAAUAAUCAUAGUAAGUCCUAAUAUUAAGAAGCCUAUGAUGUAUGAAUUUAUGAAUUAAUUUUCAACCAUGUCUAUGAGACUUGAGUGAGGCUGAGUUUACAACUAAAAAAGGCAUUUUCACAGAAUUUCACAAAAAACACAAACAGAGCCUAUCAGCCUUAUUAUUAUCAAUAAUAUCAGGCCACUUAAUAAUUAUGGUUUAACAUAUUUCAUUCAAAAUAAAUUUAUAAUUUAUCUUAACAUGUAGGCAUGAAACUAUAUAAAAUUAGACUAUGGGAGUCAAUUAUCAUAAUGACAUAAAUGACCCAUUAUAUGGUCUUACAUAAUAUGUCAGCAACCUGAUAAUUAUAAAUUAUAUUAUGUUUUAUACUUUAUAUAUUUUGUAUUAAUAAAAUAUCUGUUGAUUAAAAUGCUCUACAAGUAAUUUUUUGCCUACAACUUAUUACAACAAAGUCUGUUCUAUCUAUAACAGGUUAUUGAAACCUUUCAACACAAGCUAGUAUAAUCUUAAGAUUUACAAAUGACCAAGCUCUGUGGAAAAUGGAACAGAAAAGAACAGAAGUAGAAUCAUCUGUUUAUGGAGAUGAUAAAACUUGUUUUAUGCUUAAUGCUGUGGCAUCUCUUCUAUCCAGGCAACAAGAUAACAGAGUGAGUUAUGCAUUUUGAUUUUUCUUAUGCACCGAUAUAAGACAUAACUUAUUAAUGGUAAUCAGUAUGUCCAUGAUUAACAGGAAUAGGAAUUGACCCCCAAAACAAGACUCUUACUUCUAAUUAUUUUUUUUUUACCCUGAUUUAAAUUAUUUUGUGACAUCUUGCUACAGUAUUACCAUACUAUUGCUUUAGUCAGUGUUAAAUCUAUGGUCAGUGAUCUAGGGCAUACAUAGAUUUUGAAUUACAAUUGCAUAUCUGUCAUAUCUUUUUAUUAUCAAAAUGGAGUUGGCUUUUACUAUCAGCUAAGAGUAAUUCAUAUCAAUAUUUCAAAUUAAAGUAAAGAAAGUUUAUGAUCAGUAUAUUCCAUAUGGUAAUAUAAAUUAAAGUAGGCACUGUUUCUCAAACGGUGACACUAAUCAUCAUGGAGACUUACCUCUCUGACUUAGUAAAAAGUUAUUCUCUUCUGUGAUGAUUAAGUACAAUUUAACUAUGAAGCCUAUGAAAUAUUUAAAAAUAUAAAGAAUUUAUAUUUUUUAAGUGAAAUAAACUUUCUCUUGCAUGAACUUUAGGAACAGAUUUCAUCUCUAACUGCACCACUACUCGUUCUUACAAAUAUGCCAGGCAAAGAUUCCCUGUUGGCUAAUGUCAUAAUGGGCAAAUCACAUUCUAAACAUGGGAUAACAAAUUGUGGAACAUCAAACUGCAAAGAGGUAUUUUUUCAUAAACUUUAGAGGAUAAUAACUGUCUGUUCCAACUUCCAAUGAAUCUCUUCUUACUUGGCUCAUCUAACUUUACAAGACAGCAGUCAAUACAUUAGUAAGAGACAUGUAUUUUAUGGAUAAAUUUUCUGUCAACCAGACCUCAAGUAAAUAUUCCCACAUUCAGAAUCCUGACUUAAACUUUGCAGGCUGUGGUCCCAAGUUUUGAGCAGGUUCAUGCCCUUGCUACAGCAAAUUUGGUGGCCUCAACUCAGCGUGUUAUAGCCAAACAGUUGGCUGAAGAAAGUCUUCACUCCAAACAAAUAUCAACGGUAAAAGCUAGAGAUAAGAAGAUAUGUAAACAAGUGAAAAGGGAAAAUUCUGAUAGCCAAAGUAAGUAUUAUUUGAAGAGAAAACCAUUGAUAAAUUUGCAUUUCAGUGAAUAAUUCACUCCAAUGUUGUGUACAAGAUUUCUUGCUUACAGAAGGAUUCUGUUACAUAUUCUUUUUAAGAACAAUAAAAGCUAAAGAAGUUAAAACUCCUGAAAUAGUUACACACAAGUACUACUUCUCCAAUACUAAAAACACAUAUCAAAGAAAUAAUGUAGAAAUAUUUCACACAUGUGUCAAUAACAUCCAUCUCUAAAUGGCCUGUUAUUUAAAUGGCAAAAAUGGCUGGAGGUUUAUCUUUAAAAAAUCAUGUUAUAAUUUUUUUUACAGUAAAUGAUUCACAAGUACAACAUUUUGAGUUUGUGGGAGUAUAUUUGAAUUACCAUAUCUUUUUACUUGGACAUUAGUAAAACUAAAACCCCAAAUAUAAGAAAUGACUUGAGCAAGUAGACAAAUUUAUAUUUAUUAUUAUUGUUGAAGAAAUAUUUCAAAAUAUCAUACUUUUUUUUUAAAAGUAGACUGUGGUUAGUAAGUCCCCACUAGUUAAGCAUGUACUUAUUAUUUAAAAUUGUGUUAUUCUAUGCUUCACAGAAAAAAUACAAACUGAUAGCUCUGUGACCGAUGGUUCAGUUUACAAUGAAGAAUUUGAACCCAAGCCUUUACAGUGUUCUUUUGAUGGUUGCAACAGAAAAUUUGCAUGGUUGAAUCACCUUAAAUACCAUGAACUUACUCACACGUAAGCAUCUUAUCUGGUACUUACCUGGUAAAUCAGUGAUAAUGGAAAUUGAUAAAGAAAAGAUUGUGCAAAAAGUGCAAUGGAGUCUUGCAUUUUACUGCUACAUAACCUAUUCAAUUGUAUAUUGUUUAAGGCUUUUUGUAAUGUGUUUUAAGAAAGUUUGUUAGCACAUCACAUGUUUUUAAUGCUUUGUGAUAUUUUCUGUCAUUCUCAUGUCAAUGGGAUGCUAAAAAAAACCAUUAGGUUGCAGAUAAAUAAGGUUUACCAACUAAUUGAGUGCACAAGCCAAUGUUAAUUCUAACAUAUCAUCAGACCUGUUUACUCUUACGAUUUUGGCGUACAAUGUACGAUUUUUAGAUGUCUUUUACGAUUGUACGCCGAGACCCGCCAAAACUACGAUUUUCAGAGACCCGGUGAAAAAAUAUUUGUGUAAUUUUGUCCGAUUAAAAAACAAUUUAAAAUUUUCGGUUGUGGAAGCUUUAGCCCUUAUGGCCCCGCAUUGAAUGGACCCAGAGAACAACGAUGGGUUUUUGUAUAUUUUUUUAUAGUUGGGACCAUCCUUCAUUAUAUUAUGUACGCACUGAAAGGGGAGGUGGCGGUUCUUGAUUAAAGAGAUUGGUGGCAUACCAGAAACACGGGUGGUGGGUGGGAUAGGUGAGCAGAGGCGUAGCGAGGGUGUGGCAGGGGGUAGAGAUGUCCCCGGGCGCAAGCUAAUUAGGGGCGCCAAAAUGUGCUUUAAUAUUAUAUUAUUGGUAAAAAUAAUGGGUUUGAGAGUUGAAAAAAAGAAAAAAGGGGCGCUUUAAAAUGGAUCUUGUCCACGGGCGCGAAUCUUGUAACCGGGCGCCAAACACCUUCGCUACGCCUCUGUAGGUGGGAGUUUCAAAAGAUAUAAAAAUAUCACCGCAACGCAUCCUAUUGAUGGUAGUGAUUGUCAUAGUGUUGCUUUGCGUGUCACAGUGAACUAGCUAGCUGUAUCAGCAGCAAUCUUUAGGCUAGUCGCCUGGCAACAACUUCACUCACCACCUCCUUGGACUGCUACUGCUAGCAAGCGUGUGUUCGUCUGAACCGCGGCGAUUGUGAAGAGAGAAAACUAGAGGUGUAAGAUUUAGUCAGUGGCAUAAAAAAAAAUAUUUUAGAUCUCGCAGAGCAGCUCUAUCCAGAGGCGUAGUGAGGGGGGGGGGGCAGGGGGGGGGACACCCUCGCUACGCCUCUGACUCUAUCCCCUCAACGAUUUUAAUACAAUAAAACAGUUUUGUAUCACUACUGCUACUACUGCCCCCCCCCCCCCUUUUUUUUUUUNCCCCCCCCCCCAUUUUUGUUUACAGCUUGUGGUAGUUACUAGUCUCUGAUACUAUAGCAGUGGUCGGCAAGCCGCGGCUCGUCCAGACUGCGGCUCGGCCAGUCAACUACAAAGCGGUUUUUACUCCAAAAAACAUGGUCCUUGACAGGUUCUUGAAAAUAAAUUUGGCUCGCAAAAUUUGUUUAAUCGUCCUGCUGCUGAUUUGGGCUCUUUUGACCACUGAGUUUGCUGACCACUGUUAACGUAAAAACUCAGGGGCAUAUUGGAUAGGCGAGGGCACUAUGUUUUUCCUAUUAAUGAGGGUGGGGGAAGGUGGGUUUGACACCAGCACGGAAAUACGUGUUAGUGGACUACAGUGUGUUGUCACUAUGUCGUGUUUAAUGUCUACUACAGCGACCUCUUUAUGAAAACACAAAGCACUAGUAUUCGGUAUACGAUAAAUGCGAAGCAUUGUGGUGAUAUUUGUAUAGCCUUAAUAAUAAUAAUAGACCUAAUUAAAUUUCGUGGAUUUCACAGAUUUUCAUGUGACAGUUGGCUUUAUAAGAGACUGUCAGGAAUCAAGAUAAUUAUUGUAGAAUUUAUGCAUACAUGUAGGUGCAUUCUGGUGCCCCCCCCCAACUCAACCAAAACGCAUCCUCAGCGAGUAAGUCAUCUUUGGAUGGCCCUUUAAGUUGGCAGGGCGUGCAGCUGGGGGGCGAGGUAUGAAUCAUUGUUAACUUUUUCAUUUUUAUUUUAAAUGUUAUAUAUGGGCUGUCGAAACAGCUCUGGCGCUAGAAUUUGGCUGCAUUGACCUAUGUGCACAUUGCGUGAUUUUAAUGUUACCAUUAUCAUUAAUGGAAUCGGUCAUCAUUCUUGUUUUCGGUUCCGUAGUUGACCUCACUUAGUAUCUUACGAUAUGACCUCGACAAAAAGAAAGGCUCGCGGAAUGGGUGAUGAAGAAGAAUCUUCUCUUUCUACCGAUAAACAUCAGUUUCAACAACAGAAAAAGAAAGUUUAUCAGCAGAUAGUUUUGCUUGAAUAUCAGACAAAAUUGACUGGGUUACAUUCUUUGUCGAAUGGUCCAUCAUGCGCGCACUGCACUUUUCAUGAACAAUCUAUCAGAGACAAAAGGAGUGGUGUUGGUUUAGGAAAUUUUGGGUUUGGCGUUGGUCUAAAUACUUAAAUCUAUACAAUCAACACCGCGACAUUUCCGUAAUGACAGGGGGAUAUCAGACAAAAUUGACUGGGUUGCGUUCUUUGUCGAAUGGUCCAUCAUGCGCGCACUGCACUUUUCAUGAACAAUCUAUCAGGGACAAAAGGAGUGGUGUUGAUUUAGGAAAUUUUGGGUUUGGCGUUGGUCUAAAUACUUAAAUCUAUACAAUCAACACCGCGACAUUUCCGUAAUGACAGGGGGGGGGGGUGGCGCUGUUCCUCGGCAGAAAGAACGUACGUUAUUUAAAAAGUCUACAAUAUUCAUCCCCUAACUCUGAAAGUCCAAAAAUAGCAUUCUAUUUAUAUCUCGAAUGCUGUACAAUACCACCCAAUGUUUUGUAGGAAUUAUUGCGGUGAUGUUGUCAAGAUGUAUUGUCAACAAUAAACUCGCUACCAUUGGGAGAGAAGUUACAGUUGUGUUUAGUCAUGAGGGUUCAGCGCGCGUGUGACGCAUUUUGGUUGGCCAGUGGUUCUUAUAAUUUUGUUUCCCGGCGCAUAUGUCAUAUUAGGUUUUCGCCAGGGUUUCCUGGAUGAAAUUCUUACAAGUACACUUCGAAAUAGGGAAUACACAAAUAAAAUAAAGGGUGGGAUAAAAAUAAAUAUAUCGUUUAUGUAGGUCACAAACAUUUUGGUCACAAACAUGGAGGUAUCUAUAGCAGAUGCAGGUCUUCAAAAUGAAGUGACCGCAGUUUGCAGCUAACGUCAGUCGAAUACUGAUUACCUUCAGUUCCAUUUUUUGACAAACCGCUGAACUGAAUGCCACUGAACACGCUAUACCAGUAGUUUCUGGAUAUAUUAUAUAUACUGUAUAUUUAUUUUUUUACUAUUAAGAUACUGUAUUGUACGAUUUUGAGACGAUAUUGUACGAUUUUAGGAGUUUGAGGGUAAACAGGUCUGUAUCAUGAACACUACAUGCAUCAUUGUAGCUGUUUAUUAUUUAACCAAAUAUUAAAUGGUGUCUUGCUUAGGAAUAUGUUGUUAUGAAUUUCAAAUUCAAUCAUUAUAAUUAAAUCAGUGGUAUAAGAAACAAUAAAUGGUGUGAUUCCCCUCCUCUGACCGAUAAAUGAUCUUGCUGGCUGCCGUCCAUGGUUUGCCUUUUAAAAGUUAUGUGGUGGUGUGGGUGCUGUUCUUUAUUUCAUAAAUGUAUUUUAUUUUAAUGUCAUGAUUAUAUCUCUUUUGAUAAAAUUUUUAUGUACAGCGCGGUGAGCCCAGCCCUAGGCUGGGGUACCGUGCUAUAUAAGACCCCUUAUUAUUAUUAUUAUUAGUAAAAUUAUAUAAAUGUAAUACCACUAUCUGUGUGCACAAUAUAUUCUUACAUUAGUCUGUAAUUAGCAUCAUUUGUCAUUUUCUUUAUAGGAAUAACCGCCAGUAUAAGUGUCCUUAUGAAUCUUGUUCAAAAACCUUUUUUACUGCCCAACGGUUAAAUGUUCAUCAGCUGACACAUACAGGAGAGAAACCUUUUCAGUGUACUCAUCAAGGCUGUGGCAAAACAUUUACAACUGCUGGAAAUCUGAAAAACCACCAGAGGAUUCAUACUGGUGAGUUUCAGGACUUAAGCCUGAUAUUGAGUCUAAAUUUAAUGACAGAAAGAUUUAUUUUUGGUUAAGGGCACAAAAUCUUGUUAAUACUCGAUGCCUAGAUAUUGAAAUAACUACUUAUCAUCACAACUGCCUUAAAGUUUAUCAAGUAAUCAUUCUGCAUUAUGCAGUUAUCAACAAGCCAUUUAAAAGGUGCUUGGCCUUUCAAAGAAAGGGAAAUCACCACAAAACUCGGAAAUAAGUGAACUUUAAAAAAACAUAAAAACUAAGAGAUUUGUUCGCAGAUAUCAAAUGUAUGUACAUUUUUUAAUUAAAAUAACUAAAAAAAUCCAUUGACAUGAACUUUUUAAAAUGCCAAAUAUUAGUAGUUACUGAUAUCAAAUGAGAAAAUACAUGUAAAAGUAAAUUAUAUUAUUUCUUUGUACUUAAAGUAUUAUUACAUAUAUUAUAUAAAUUUCUAAACAGCCUUGAAAUGUAAAAAAAAAAAUUGAUUUGGGAAAUUGCUAAUUUGUGUAUUUACCCAUGGGGCUUGAGAGUAGGGGGAGUCCUGCAGGCUGACCUUUGACUUACAAAGUACUUGUUUCAACUCUGGAAGGGUUGAUCAGGAAUCAAUUUUUUUUCAUACACUUACUUUUUAUUCAAAUAUUUUUUUUCUUCCUCAUUUCAAACAACUGUUUUUCUAUCACCAGGCAGCCAAGUAUUUUCCUCUCCUUUUUCUAUAUUUUGAGGGCCCACGAUCAAUGUAUUGAUCAUUCUGCAGACCUGUUUACUCUUACGAUUUUGGCAAGGUCUUUUAUGAUUGUAUGCCAAGACCUGUCAGAACUACAAUUUUAAGAGACUGGGUCGAUAAUAUAUACAUUCUAGUAGUUUUUUCAGAUUAAAUUUAAAAAAAAAAAAAAUUAACAAGUACAUCUUCCGGUUGUUGGUUUAACCUUGCUUUUGCAUUCUACAUCCAAUAGUGAAUGAAUAGAAAAUAAAAUUGGUUGUGGACCAUCUAUAAUUAUAUUACUUUUUUCCGUAGAGAGGAAUGGCGUGUUGUUGACUUAGGAGAUUUUGUGUUGGGGGGGGGAGGGUCCUAAAUAUUUAAGGUUAUAAAAUUAACACUGUCACAUUUUCGUAUGAUAUGGGGUGGGGGGUGUCGGCAGAAAGUACUAAAAUUAUUUUAAAAUUCUACAAAAUUCCUCCUGAAAGUCUAAAAAUAGCAUAUUUAUGGCAAUUUUUUAUACGAAUUAUUGCCAUGUAUUUUUCACAAAUGAACUCGCUAGAUUUAAAUACACUUAGACAGUACUCUAGCUUCCAUGUUUGUAGAGGGGGUUUGCGAUGUUUCUAUGCAUGGUUUCCACUUGUUGCAAGGGCUACUUAGCGAUGGUAUUAGAAACUGGGAGUUGGAAGGCAGGAGGCAAUAGACACAAGUGUUGUCGCCUCAACUGUUCCUUUUGGACAUUUGUUCCAGUCCCUGAUUGACUUUGGCAGGCAUGAUCAGUUCCUGUGCAGUGUUCUUGUUGUUAUGAACCGGAACUACCUGCCAUGGCCUUGUCACUGUCUAGUACGAGUUUCUGUUAUGCUGGAGCAUUCCAUUUUUUUGUUCAAUGUCUAUAAUGUUUUUGACUGACAGCUCUUAAUAUUUAUCUGUUUUCUCAGGUGAGCAACCUUUUGUCUGCGAUGUUCACAAUUGCAAAAGAAGAUUCACAGAACAAUCUAGUCUUAGGAAACAUAAACUGACACAUUCUGGUAAUUGCUAUCAUAACAGAGAAUAUAUUAUGUCAUUUUAAGUAACUUUGGCAAAGAAUCUAUUUAGUAUUUAUUAAAGGAGGUGAGUCCAAGAACAAAAUGUGUGUUGGAAAGUAUUUCCAGCAACACUGACUGAUAUUAAGUAAAUUUAAUCAUUUCAUUUUUAAAAAUAAAUAAAUUAAAACUAGACAAAUGCAAAAAAACAUGAAAAUGUUUGAAAGGAAUUAAAAAGGAAUAUUAUAUUAUUAUAUAAAUAAGUUAAAUUUUAUUUUAUUCUUUGAAUGUUAUUGUAGGGGACAAACCCUUUGAAUGUGACAUCUGUGGUAAAAAGUUCACUCAAAGUGGUAGCAGACGACAGCAUCUGAUAAGGCAUCACUUAGAUGAAGAAUUCAGAAACAGCUUCAAACAAGAGAGCAAAGUAACAAAUAUAUUAGAUGAUGCUAAUGGAAGCCACAUGUCCAAGAAUGAUGUGGAGCAAAAUAGAAGAGAUAAAUCUGCACCCCAGGUUCUUGUUUUAAAGAACUCAUAUGAAGGUAUCUGAAAAACUGAGUUGUUUUUUUGCCAUUAUCUUAUAGAAAUAUAAAUCAUAAAAAAAAUUCCUUCCCUAAUGCAAUGAAAGUAACAAAAAUAAAUGUAUGUACUUUUUGCAUUUAAAAAAAUAAUUAUUCCCUUUCAUUAGUUUCAGCUCCUAAAAGUCAGUUUCUAAAAUUAAAAUUUCUCAACUUAGGCAUUAAUUUUUUCCCUAAGUUUCUUUGUUACUAAUAUUACUAACAUGUAAUUUUAUCUUGUCACCUUUUAAUGCUUAAUGAAUUUUUAAAAAUUAAGGCUUCGUGGAAGAGUCCCAUUCUUGUAUUUAAUGAGUCUUAAAAUAUAUUUUUAGGCCUUCACACUGACCGACUUGAGGAAGAAAAAACAGAGGAAUUGGUGGUUCUCUCACAAAAUCCAAUCUACCAUGCUGCAGAUCAUAGUGAUAUACCAAGCUAUCAUCCCACAGGACAGAACACUGAUAUCCCUAUCUACCAAGCCAUGGAGCAAAGUGAAGAUAUCCCUAUCUAUGAUCCCAGGGAACACCGAGCUGAUGUCCCCAUAUACCAUUCAAAUGAACAUCAGGGGGAUAUGCCAAUCUACCACCCCACAGAACACCCUAAUGAUAUUGUUUAUGGCUCCGAUAUAUUGGAUCACGAGGAAGUGACCCACUCAGACUAUGUUUCCUCUCAUGUUGAUUAUUCAGUGGAGAUUUCUGACACAAACUAUUCUCAUCACCCAGGGGAUAUCACUCACUCAGAUGAAUACAACUCACCUGUAUUGUCCCAUUCCGAAACUGAUGAACAUGAAAUAUCAGUGAGUGAAUAUGUUCCAACAGGUGUUGCAAGCUAUGACCAAUGUAAAGCAAUCAACCAAGACUUGUCAGAUUCCAACAGCCAUGUUGUUCAUUCAGAUUAUGAUGCCCAACAAAUUAUAAGUGAUCCUGCUCAUUUUCUAACAACUAAAAUUCUCACAAAAGGCUCUGAUACUGACAGGGUUGUCCUGGAAGUUCCCAGCUCAGAGGUCACAGUUGACCAUCCUGACUUCAAAAAGCCGACUGCCAGUCAUGUGGUUGUCACUCCUUUUAUAUCUGGUCUAUCAGAAGACAGGCCUCACCCAGCCAGUGGGAUCACUAGUCAUACAUUAGGACAGAGCUCUGGUGAUAGAGAUAUGGAUCCUAUGAUGGAAUGUGAUGAUGAACCUUAACUAAAUGUUAUUUCCAUUAGGUAGAAAUUUAAAAUCCUGAUGUGUUGACUUUGGGUCAUCUAUUGACAAUAUUAAUGAGCUGGUAUUUCAAUGAAAAUCAUGGAUCUGAAGCUAAACGGUGACUGUUUUAAUUGAGCUGGGACUGCAAUAAAAUUCUUGAAUCUGAAGUAAAUCUUCUAUUGAAACUCAUUGCAUGACAAAAAUGACCCACAAGUCUUAUCAAGUUGAACAUUAUACUUUUUAUUAAAAGAAUUCUGUGAUUAAAAUGGAUCAAUGGUUGUGUUUCACAGGUGCAUUGUGUCACAAACAUUUAUUUAUCAAAGUGUUGUUGAACUUUCUAAAUUGGUGUGCUUCUGUUUUUCCUCGUUGGCAUUGACAGCACUUAAGAUUUGAUUUCCUAGUCUUUUAUGACCUAGGGUCUGCACUGAGUAAUUCUGUAACAGAGCGAAGUUAUGUUAUGUUUCUUGUAGUAAGAAAUAAUCCCAGUAUUAUGAAACCUAUAUUUUUUUCUGAAGGCUUUUUGCUGACAUCUUCUUGUCAUUGUUAUUUAUUCAUUGAAACUUGAAAGCAUCAUAUGUCCUUUAUAUAUGAUACUUGUUGACAGUUUGAUUGAAAUCUCCCCUCUUAUAAUACAAGUAGAAUUUGUCACUGUUUUUAUUUUUGUUUUUUACAGGAAUAGAUAAUUUGCCAUAAAACUAUAGACAAAUGAAAUGUUUUGCAAACAUGUCUGUUUCUGUCAUGGAUGUUGUCUUGAAUGAUGUGAUAAUAUUUUCCUCAUUGUCGAACUG